UUAUGAAACAAGGAGAGUCGAGUUACAUGAUACCUGGAAGCCGAUCCGAUUCUUUUUCAACCUCUGGGGCCUAUUACAAUAUCCACCAUUUGCCAUCACCCAUAAAUGGCGAUGGUUUACCAAUGCCAGAAAAGGCUGUUUCAAUAAUUUUGAUGGGAAAUAGCGGAUAUGAAAUACCCCCUGGUCUAUCUCUUUGUCCCCUGGCCUAUCCAUGCUACAAGUCUUAUCGCCGUUUUAGUCGGGAUGGUACUUUAUUAAUCUCCCUUUAUAACGAACUUCUCCAUAGCACUAACAAGGAGCUCUCUUACUAAUGGACCUUUCUAUAGCCCCAACAGGGAGCUCUCUUCCUAAUGGACCUUUCUAUAGCCCCAACAGGGAGCUCUCUUCCUAAUGGACCUUUCUAUAGCCCCAACAGGGAGCUCUCUUCCUAAUGGACCUUUCUAUAGCCCCAACAGGGAGCUCUCUUCCUAAUGGACCUUUCUAUAGCCCCAACAGGGAGCUCUCUUCCUAAUGGGCCUGUCUGUAUGAGGAUUCUUCCUCAUCCUAGCUUUGUGCCUCUAAAUAAGCUUAUUGAAAGUCUGUAUUUUUACGUAUUUUUAAUAAAUUAUUUUCGUACCUCAUUUUGUUGCCUUUUUUCUUUCUCGAAAAAAUUUCCCUCAAAUCCUAAAAAUUUGUCAAACCUUCCUUCUGUAAUUUGACCUUUUUCAAACUCUUUUUUUACUUCUUUUAACGUUUAUAACAUCAAUUCCAUUAAAUAUCUCUCAAUUUUCAUUUUGACCGAUAGUAACACUUUACACCUUUUCUUCAUUUGCCCUAAGGCGAAAAUUGAUCAUCAACAAUUUAACAGAUGUCUUUUUUCUGUACUUUGCAACGCGCCUUGUUU